CGUGUAUUUCUUGUGUCACAAUUCAAAAUAAAUACCAUAAUAGGUUUAGUGCGGUGUUCUGUCAUGUGUCAAUUUAUAUAAUUUGUAUUUUUAAUCUUUUAACCGCGCGAGCGCAUUUUGCUCAGCAUUUUAGCUGUGAUACCGGCAGUAUUUUGUGAUAUAUUUGUAAUGCAAUUUUGUAGUUCUUGUACAGAACCUUUAAAAAUUCAUUCCAUACAGAAUGACGUCGUGGGAAUCUGUUUACAUCCAACACUGUUUUAUUAUUAGUGUUGUUAUACGCGCCAGCGUAACAUACAAUUUCUCGAAUAUUAAUCUUCCCGACGAGCACAUUCCAUAUUAUUUUAGUUCUUUUAAUGAUAUUGCCGAAAAGUGUAGAACUUCGGAUCAAUGCCCGUAUAAGGAGUAUCUAGAUGUAAAGGCAUGUUGGGGAUAUGAGCAAGGCUGCAAGCUACAGGAGUCAUAUUCAAUGCCUCUAUGUCCUGGUGAUCACCGGGGAUGGGUGAAGUCAAAGCAGGACCAGCUCCAAACUUUUUAUACCCAGGGUGAUUUUGGAUAUGUUCGUCAACAGCUUGAAGAGAUGAUGGUGAUGUGUGAGCCAUUAUUUAAGGAGGAUUCAUCCUUGGAAUGCUCAAAACACUUGAGAUUUUGUAGAGGCCGUAACUUGAUGAUCAACUUGACUGAUUUAGCAUCUCGAUCUGAACCAUUGCGAUACAAAAUGGAUGUCCUGAAGCCUGGUCAAAUUGGUGGAUAUUGCAGGUUACAUAAUGAGAGGCUGCAAGCUGAAUGUGAUCAUAUAAGUCCUUUGCAAUCGUGGGGUCCUGAAAUUCGCUACUUCACUGAAUUGCCCAGGAGACCAAUCACUGAUGAUGACUGUGAUGUAGUAAUUGAAAAACCUACUUUCAUUAUGAAAAUUGAUGCCACAGUCAACAUGUACCAUCAUUUCUGUGAUUUUUUCAACUUGUAUGCAUCAUUGCACAUAAAUUCUUCUCAUCCAAGUGCUUUUUCUACUGAUGUCCAUAUACUCAUAUGGGAAAGCUUUACAUAUCAGUCAAGUUUUAAAAGUGUGUGGGAAGCAUUCACAUCAAAUCCUCUCUGGGAUCUGAAAACAUUUCGUGGUGAAAAAGUAUGCUUCAAGAAUGUAGUAUUUCCGCUUCUUCCAAGGAUGAUAUUUGGAUUAUUCUACAAUACACCAAUUAUUUGGGGCUGUGAAAAAAGUGGUUUAUUCCAUGCAUUUUCUAAGCAUAUCCUACAUCGGUUACAUAUUCCACAGUAUAAAAGAAACGAUUCCAAAAUCCAUGUUACAUUGCUGUCAAGAGACACAGCAUAUAGAAGAAUAUUAAAUGAGGAUGAACUCAUUUACCAUUUAAAACUGAAUCCAGAAUACGAAGUUAAGAAGGUUGUGUACAAUAGGCAGAUGGAUUUUAAAAAACAGUUGGAGCACACUCAUAAUAGUGAUAUAUUUAUUGGUAUACAUGGAGCUGGCCUAACACAUUUACUCUUUCUCCCUGACUGGGCAGUUGUUUUUGAGCUGUACAACUGUGAGGAUGAAAGCUGUUACUUGGAUCUUGCCAGACUGAGGGGAGUCAAGUACAUCACAUGGCAAGACAAGACAAAACUCCACCAACAAGAUGAGGGUCACCAUCCAGAAGGAGGAGCACAUGCAAAAUUUACCAAUUAUGGUUUUGAUGUCACAGAGUUUCUUCGACUUGUAGAAAUUGGUGCUAAACACGUAAAACAUCAUCAAGAAUUUAAAAAGUUUCAUUUGAAGGACCAUGAUGAAUUGUAGUCAGUAAGGGCUCAACUAUUGUUAACUUGGAAAAACUUUACUUUUAGUUAUAAAUUUUCUUGAGAAUGAAUAGCGAAUAGUAAAGUUAAAAUACUGCAUAACUCAGUGACACAGAUUGUGGAUUUUGGAAACUAACCUCUCAUUUCACUUGCCACUGUACUGAAUCUCAAAUACAUAAAUCACUGAUGCAUACUAUCAGAGAAACAAUUUAAUAAUACUUUUGUUAUGUCAAGAAACUGCAUUUUCUGGUGUAUCAACAUCAGAAAAAUUUCAGAUCUGUCAAAUGUCCAAAGUCAUUCUUUGUACAACACAAUUAUUUAACAGUGAUUUAUUAAAACAUACAGUGUACUAUAUGCACCACACAAACAGAUUUUGUAAAAAAAGAAAGAAUGAUGAGAAAAAUGAAAAAUGAAAAUGGGCAACUAUCAGUUCUCAGGGAUAAUAAUAUUUGAAAACAUAUAAUUGAUGAUUACACUAGUACUGGUAAGUAAUUAUGUGUAUCAGUGACAUUAGGAAAUGUUGGGAGUUCUUAUUCCAUAAAAAUGAAAGGAUGAAUCUUGGUCUGAACUUAAUAGACACUGGAUUCACAUAAAAAAUAGCAGCAUGACAUUUAAAAUGUUUUAUAAAGAAGCAUAGGAAACAAAGUGAGAUAUAUAUAGAAAAAUAGAACCUUAAUGUGAAAGAGAAUAGUAGAUGAUUGAACUUAAUGUGAUUGCUGAUGAUGCCGCAAUCACAUUUUUUUAAAUGUCUUCAUUUUAACAGUAAAAAUGCAAUCAGUACAUCGGUAUAUGCAUACAGGAGCAAAUAAUUGUAAAACAUAAUUACAUCCAAAUGCAGACAAUGCAGUGAAAAAACUUUUGUAUUAUGGAACAGAUUUCCCAACAUAAUAGUAACAUGCUUGUUGCCUGAACACCAUUGGUGUGUGUAUGAUUCCUGCCUUCAAAGGAGCAUUGACGUGAAAAAAUGUAACUUGGGCUUCAUUCUGUUGCAUGUUGUCUUUAUGUUGUUAUGUGGAAAUAUAUUGUUUUGAAACAUUAGACAUAAAACUGAAGGCCUUGAGGAAGAAAUAUACAGUAUUCUGCUGGAUUCUUGGAUAUCUUACAGUCACAGGAAUUCUUACAGACAGAGGAAUCAGUUUUACUUUUAUGAUGAUGAUGAAGGUGAUCAUCAUCAUAAUCAUCAUCAUCAAAGGUAAUCAGUAUGAAUGCUGCAAAAGUAUUGGGGCAGGGGGGGGGGGGUGAGGGAGGAAGAGGUAACUGGCAGUGUCUCCUUAUCACCAAGAUUGCUAUGGUUGCAGUUGGCACUGAACAUUUGCAGGUUUUUAAGUACCAAAGUUGAUUGUAAAUACUUAGAAAUAUAUGUAUGUGUGAAUUGUGUGUCAGUGUAUCACAAAAUAUAGAAAUCUGUAAAUGAAUUUAAACAAAAUUUGUUUUGAUUUCAGUGAAAGCGUAAUGACAGAAGUUUAUCAUAUAUUUAUUCAGGAUAUAAAGGUCACAAAUUGAUUGUUUCUGCCAAAGUUGUAUUACUGUUCAUAUGUGCACAUUAUUUAUGUACACUAUGUAAUUACAUAUUAGUAAAUGUCAUCCACUAUUUUUAGAGGUACUUUUAAGAAACAUAGUUCACCAAAUAUAUUUUAUAUCUUAAAAGAGAAGGCCGAUCUUGUCACCAGUAAACAAAUUUGUUUGCUGGUUCACAGACUACUCAAAAUUUUCUACAAUGGUGUAUAUUAUAGGUGAUGGGCACUAUGUGAUAUAAUACUUAUUUGAGAGAUUGUGCACCAGCUUGUUUACUAAUUUUGACAAACUUACUGGGUAAUGGCAGGUCAUAAGUCACAAUAAUGGUCAGUUGGCUUUGGACAGCAGCUUGGUUAUGAGGCUGUCGUUUGUUAGAGUACCAUUAAAAUAAGACAAGCUGUGUCCAUGUCAUUAUAUUCUGUAGACUGUCUUUUAUCAGCUUACUUUUGUAAUUAUAUAUAAGAAAGUUUAACUUUAUUUAAAUUAAUAUUUUGUCAGAAAUCAGUUAUUGCCCUUUGAAACUGUCCAUUUAUCAUGAUACAGAAAUGAUUAAAAACUUGAAGUACAUGGUGUUAUUAAACAUUUCUAGCCAGUGUUGUCAUUAUUGAUGUCUUGU